CGUGGCAGCCGGUGGGAGGAGGACGUCGGGAUAUCGUGGAGGAGGAAUUGAGCGGUAGGGAGGGGAAGGUGAAGCCCCCUCUCCGACUGUCACAGUAGUAGCUCAAAGGGAGGACCGGCGGGAAGGGAGAGAGAUUGUGAGACGGACGGACGAGCGGGCGGAAGAUUCCCUACGCUCGCUCUCCUCCUCUCAACAUUGUUGUCGUCAUCGUCCGCGCUGUCUUCCGUCAGCACACUCACACCAGAAGUUCAGACUUCCACCUAGUACCUACCCCCCCCAAGCCGACACCCCCGUACCUACCUUCUCCUCUUUCUUCCCCCCUCUCUCCUUACCCUACCCCCCUCUCAAGCACCUCUUUUGGUGCUUCACUGCUUCUUCUUUCUCGUCGAACCGACGAGUGCAAAUCGCAUCGCUUUAGUAACGUCUGACUAUCACACACACACACACACACACACACACACACACACACACACACACAGAGAGAGAGAGAGAGAGAGAGAGAGAGAGAGAGAGAGAGAGAGAGAGNAGAGAGAGAGAGAGAGAGAGAGAGAGAGAGAGAGAGAGAGAGAGAGAGAGAGAGAGAGAGAGAGAGAGAGAGAGAGCAACGUGAUGAGCAUGGCGGCAUCUUGCGUUGCUGGAUCCGGUUCCGUGCGCGCUGUCGCACAGCAGAGUGUGACGGCGUCGUCGUCCUCGUCCGCAACAGCGAUGGCGACUGCUACUGCUAAGGGCGAUUGUCUCUCUCCCUCGGUCUUUUGCGCCAAGCUGAACGCUUGUCAGAAUCAGCAGCAGCAACAGCCGCUACAGGGGUCUUUGUCCGCCGCUCGCCACGUGUCGGCCUUUCGUUCCAAAUCGACUGCCAAUGGCUUCGCAGUACAGCUGACCGUCCCAGGCACGAUUGACAGCAGAAGACCUCUUACUCAGAGGCGAUGGCCGUCUUCAUCGUCGAUGAUGAUUCCAGUGAAAGCGACGACGGACAACGUGGAGGCGGCGGAGGUUGAAGCCGCUGCAACGUCGACCUCGGGCGGCGAUGGCGGCGAGGAGGAGUGCAACGAUGCCAGCUGUGCUCCUGAGAAGGAGGUAGGUAAGGUGAGCCUGUCCUGGGAAGCCCAAGAGAAGACGAAAGUCACGGGUACCUUUCCGCCCAUGUCGAAGCCGUCAGCAGCUGCCUCCUCCUCCUCCUCUCUUCCUCCUCCUCCUCCCGCUCCCAGUGCCCGAGUCUGGACAGGCUACGUUGAAAAGGACACAGCUGGUCAGACCAACAUCUACUCAGUGGAGCCGACUGUCUACGUGUCCGACCAACCCAUGAGCAGCACAACUCUCUCCGCUGGCAUCGGAGGCCUUCUAGCGCUUCUGGGCGUGUGCGGCGCGCUUCUCUUCGUGGCUACGAGCAAGCCACCACCUACGGUGGAACCGACCUCGACGGCUCCAGUCGAGCGGCUGGACAAAGGUUCUGGCAGGUCGGAGGUGAAGAGGGCCAGAGCACUGGGGUUGAAUCUUCCAGAGGAUUUCCCAGAGGCAGCUCCUGAACCAGUAUCAGCAACCCCAUCCUCUUCUGAGCCCGAAGCUGCCGACCUCGAGGCAGAAGCGCCUGCCGAAGCUGCCGACCUCGCUGCUCCUGUAUCUGAGUCUUCCUAAGGGAAGCACACAGGCACUGUAACUCGCAGACGAAGCUAUAGUAGUGCUACCGUAACGGUGGUUCGUAUGCAGGUUAAGGUGUACGUCGGGGGGGGGAGCUUACAACUUAGGCUCAUCGUUUUGCCAAAGAGUGAAGUGAGGCGAAGUGUAUAACCUGAGGGCCGAGGCAGGCUGAGUGAGGCUCGGAUGGUUGGUACUCAGAAGAAAGACCGGGGAGGAGAGGGGGGGAGGAGAAGGGGGGGGGAACCUGAGUAGGCGAGGGUGUUUCUCGUACUACUCAGAAGAACUGAGGUUCGAACUUGGUGAACUUCGAAUACAUCCAGAUCCGUCCGCAGGCAGUGGGGGGGGAUAACUUAGCCCCGGGAGGGAGGGGGGUGGGGGUGUCGAGGAGAACAGCCGGUCCGGGAGCGGGUGGCUGGCAGCCUGGCACCCCUCUGCUCGAAGCUCUAGCGCAGCCGAGCGGAAUGGCGGGAAUGGUGGGAUCUAUAUUUGGGCUCGGCGCGGAGUAGUGGAGACACCAGUGCAUACGCGCACGCACAAACCCGAGUCUUGCCUCGUCAGCGGAGGAGACGCCAGUAGAUGUACUCACCCGGCUCGGCGCGCAAUGGAGACACCGGUACUACCGCAAGCGUCGAACAAUGUUGAUGAGGAUUAGGAUUAUGAAGUGGACACAGCAAGUGCUGCGGCCACGUCAGCGCCACGUCAGCCGUACGUCGGUGGACGGGGUCGGUCUUCAUCUUUGUUUGAUUGACAGUUGUGCGUGCGCCUCUCAGGAGCUUGUGAGUAGCCAGGCAGGGAUGUAGCCAAGCAAGGAAACGGAUGGAUAGCUGGCUAACUGGUUGGCUAUCCGGCUGACUAACCGGCUGGCUAACUGGCUGGCUAACCGGCUGGCUGACCGGCUGGCUAGCCGGCUGUAGCCAGGCAGGGAAACGGAUGGAUAGCUGGCUAACUGCCUGGCUAUUUAUGUCUCCCUAUGCCCGGCGGAGCUGGCUAUCCGGCUAUUCGUGUAGCUCAUUGUGAGGGAUACUGGCUAACUUGAGGACACAUUCAACACCCUGGACAGAACUCAGUCUGUGGUGUGCGGCGGGUUAGCCCCGAAAGCAACAGUACUGUAGUUGGACCUUCCCAGGGAUGAUGCACAGUGGCGAGAUGGUUGGGGUGGACCCGGGUGGUUGCUGCUAAUUGCUAAUUAAACCCCUCGAUGUUACGAAAUUGCAAUUCGGGGAUUGAGAGUAGUAUGACCUGCCCCACCCGAAUUCCGGCCGUGUGAUUCGCAGAUCACGCGCCGCAAUUCAAGCUGUGGGGAUUAGUCGCAGGUUCGAGGCCUCACAUUGUACGACCACGUUGCCGUUGUCGAAAGGAGUAAUAUGGGAAGGAGGAAGCAAAGGGGGGGGAGUGAGUGAUGGCGAUUUGUAGAGAAGGGAAGCUACUGUAAGAUUAGGGAGUUGAGUAUCGUGAAAGGAAUUGUAUAGAGGAGGUACUAUAUGAAAUGUGUUGCAUUUACGAGGAGUGGAACGGACGAGGCGCACUUGUCCACGCAAGCCACAGUC